AUGUGCGGUUCCGACUGCUUUCUGAUGCUCCUGAGCGUCCUGUUCCCACCCGUCGGCGUCUGGGUUAAGAAAGGACUCUGCAGCGCCGACUCCCUUAUAAACCUCGCACUCUGCUGUCUCGGUUUCCUGCCAGGCCUCCUGCACGCCUGGUACGUGAUCCUGCAGAAUCCAGACCCGUACGAUGCAUACCAGCAAGUACCCGACCGCGAGCAUGGCACAACAGGCGGCGGCCGAACUACAUACUACGUUAUCACACAUGAGCAGCCGGCUGGACGACAGGCGAACUACGGCACUGUGGGUAGCCAGCCGAGCAACGGACAGUUCCCCGGACAGCAGAGUGGCGUGACAAACAGCUUUGCGCAGCCAAAGGGACAGAAGGCUGCAAAGGGCACUUCGCCUGCGCCUGUGACUGCACCGCAAGGCGGCGAGGGUAGCUCGAGCCAGCCUGAAGGGCCGCCACCGACCUAUGCCGAUGUGAUCAAGGGUGACAAUAAGGUACAGGGCCCGUAG